AUCUUCUCAAAGGAAGUGGAACUCCAAUGUAAUGUGUGCAGGACAGAAUGUCAACGGCAGAUCUCAAGAUUUUCAGGAUGCAAGUACAAGAAAUUCUCCACGAGGAGAGAAGCAGAAGAUUACAUUGGACUAGGCGCAGUAUCGAGGGUACGACCAGCUAGCGAUGCCGCCACUGUCUAUUGCGACGGUGCCUGUAGGGGGAACGGUAAGGCUGGCGCUAUCGCUGGCGUAGGCGUUUGGUGGAGCCAUAGUGAUUCACGUAACGUCUCAGAACGUUGUCCUGGGAGGCAAUCCAAUAACCGGGCAGAACUCAUCGCCCUGGUACGUGUUCACGAGCAAACGAUGGACAUGACGACUCCCCUCACCAUCAAGACCGACUCAAAGUACGCCAUCAACUGCAUGGAAACGUGGCUGCGCACUUGGCAGCUAAACGGUUUUAUGGGGAGCAAGCGCAAACCCAUCGAGAAUGAGCCAAUUAUUCGGUACCUUGCGAAGCUCCGAGAGAGGGCGCGGCGCCUUGGGCGAAAGGUCGCUCUCGACUACGUUCCAGGGCAUACGGGUGUCGAAGGGAAUGAGGAGGCAGAUCGACGUGCUACGGAAGGCACGUAUCUCCCAGAGGUUAAGGAGCCGGACUGGGUCACGCUGAGGGAGGAACUGGAAGUGAAGAUGAAUGCGGAGCUAGCGGAGAGAAAGCGGAAGCUGCUAUCGGUAGCUUGCUAGAGAACAAAUGCUGUGUAGGCUUCGGCAUCACCCGCUGAGGACCACACCGAUAUCGAUGCUGCGCUUUUAGCGCUUACCAGCUGCUAACCUUACCUGACAUCCGUUGCCGCUUGGAUACCAGUCUUCUCCAGAGACGCCUUGAUGACGAGGCCUGUUACGCUUCCAGGCGUCGGUUGACCGGUCGUGUGCACUUUGGGCGGGAGAAAGUAGUCUAGUUUCAGACUAGCGCUGGCAGCGGGCUUUGUCGUCUGACUCCAUGGAAUU